UGUUUAUAUUACUGAGUUAAGCUUGCAAUCACUGGUGAUAUAAAAUUAAUGAGUUGAGAUUUCUUGACUCGGAUCCAAAACAUGCAUUUGGGGACAUGCAAUGUCGGAUUAGAUUGAGUUGGCGAGUCGAUUCGUUGAGCAGCCCGACUCAACUUGACCCUGUGUGCAAACAUAGCUCGACUAAUUCGACUCGGUUUCUUUAGGCUUGAGCCCGUACCCAACUCAACCCGUUUGUUCUGUUGAACCAGUUGACAUUCGACGCUUCCCAUCGCCCUUUCGCUCCUCUACCUCGAGCAGCCGCGGCGGUGCUCUCUCCGCUAUAUAAAUGAGGUCUGCGCCAUGCAAUCUAUCGAACACCUUCACUUCAUUACGUCCAACUCUCCUCGACACCCAGAAAGCUCAUGCUGUGCUCCUCAAAUCCGGCAUCCCGAUAGAAGGAUCUGAUGUCGUCCAUCGCUACUGCAACUGCUCCGCGUUUCAGUACGCGCGCAAGCUGUUCGACGAGAGGUUCGAAUGGGAUGUGGUCUCGGCUACGGCCAUCAUCGGCGCCUUCGCUCGCCGCGGUCGACAUCGUGAUUCCUUUUCGAUUCUCUCUCGCUUGCUUUUCCUUGGGAUCAGGCCCAACCAAUUCACCUUCGGUGCCACGCUGCAUUCCUCCACCGCUGUCGGCGAUCUCAACAUCGGUAAGCAGCUUCAUGCUUUUUCAACUAAGUUGGGUCUCCAUUCCGAUGUCUUUGUCGGGAGCUCUCUUGUGGAUCACUACGCCAAAUUGGGUACGAUUAAAGAAUCACAAUUCGCAUUUGAGGACACUCAUGAACCUAAUGUUGUCUCGUACACUGCGUUGAUGAGUGGAUACUUGAAGAUCGACAGGUUCCAUGAAGCAAUUCAACUAUUCUACGAAAUGCCGAUGAGAAACGUUAUCUCAUGGAACGCUAUAAUCGGGGGCUGUAGUCAGGUUGGUCUCAGUGAGGAGUCUGUCAAUCUUUUCAAUGCAAUGUGUCGAGAAGGUUUCAGGCCCAACCAGUCCACCUUCCCCUGUGUUAUUAGUGCAGCUGCCAAUAUAGCAGCUCUUGGUAUGGGCAGAAGCUUUCAUGCUUCCGCUAUCAAAUACUUGGGUCAGCUUGAUGUUUUUGUGGUUAAUUCGCUGAUAAGCUUCUAUGCCAAGUGUGGGUGUUUACAUGACAGUAUUUUAGCAUUUGAGAGGAUUGAGGGCAGAAAUAUUGUUUCUUGGAAUGCCAUGAUUUGCAGUUGUGCACAAAACGGAAGAGGAGAGGAAGCCUUGGAGUUCUAUAAGAGAAUGCAGAGGUCGGGGUUAAAGCCAAACAGUGUCACCCUUCUCGUAGUGUUGUUUGGCUGCAGCCAUGCAGGUUUGGUUGAUGAUGGAUAUGCUUGUUUCAGUAUAGCCAAGGUUGAACAGCCGGACAUACUGAGAGCUGAACAUUAUGCUUGUGUGGUUGAUUUGCUCGCUCGGUCAAGGAGAUUUGGUGAGGCAGAGAGGUUUCUUCAGGAGCUGCCUUUUGAGCCAGGAAUUGGGUUUUGGAAGGCAUUGCUUGGAGGGGGUCAGAUACAUUCGAACAAGGAUCUGGCCAAGACUGUUGCUAAUCGAAUUCUUGCGCUAGAUCCGAAGGACAUUUCGUCCUAUGUGUUGCUAUCCAAUUUGUACUCUGCUGCAGGUAAUUGGCAGAGCGUAUCGGUGAUCAGGAGAGAGAUGAAGGAGAAAGGAAUGAAGAGAACUCCUGGAUGCAGCUGGAUUGAGAUUAAGAACAAGGUUCAUGUAUUCUUUAAUGGAGAUAGGAGGCAUGCUCAAACUGAUGAAAUUUAUAUGGUUUUAGCAACAUUCUUGGACUUUCAGUACCCUACAUGCUUUGGCCUUGAAGCUCAAGAGUGAGCUAAAUUUUGUGAGUUCAUGCAUGUUUAAGCUGCGUUCAUGACAUGGAACUCUCAGGUGUUAUCGCUGAAUCUUGGCUCUUCUAACUAUACUUUUGGUAAUCGGAAGCAUGCUGUUCUUCUAUCUUUUUCCAUUUCUGUAGCAGAUAUUUAGAGAGAGAAAGUAUCAAGCCCCAACCCCUGUUAUACUCAAAUUGGAUUAAGUUUUCGUAUGUCCUUAUUGGAGCAUUCAGGCACUCUCUUCUGGUAAAGAUUCUACAAGACUACCGAACAUAAUUGUUUUCCAUGUGCAUCUGGUCUUCCAAACACUGGAUGCAGAAGCAGCUUAUGGCACAGUUAUAUUCAAUAUGGAUUAUUCAUAAUUGAUGAAUGAGAGAACGGAAACCUAAUAUUUUCUAGUGCGAUGUGAUUUUUUACAAGAUUCUUUAUCAGCUGCCACUGCUUGACUGUUAUGCAUAAUCUGAACUUUGGACCGUCCAAACAGAUGCUUAAAAUUCUGAUGUGCCAGAAUGGUGCUUAAGGGAAGAUGAGAAGUACUUGGGUCUUGGGAGCUGAUUUCCUAUCGGAAGAUUGUCAUACUGGAAAUUGGAUGUCGUAUCAGAGGAUUGGUUGAUGUGUUGGAGAACGGAUUUUGUGUUUAAGGUUUGGGCAUCGUGUUGGAAGGAUCAUAUAUCACAUCGAAAGAUCGGAUGUCAUGGGAACAUUGAUAUGUUUAAGGAUUUGGUAAUGUGCUGACGCGUAAAGCGAUGUGUCAAAGGUUCAAACGAAGUGUCGGAAGAUCGGAUGACAUGCUAGAAAAGUUGACGUGCCAAAAGCCUCGAAGAUAUGUCAGAUGAGUGGUUGAUAAGUCAAGGUCUUUACGUGGCUGACCAGUUAUAAGUGUUCCCGACCUGCCCACAUCGGGUAAAUUACUUUGUUGGGCCGAUUAACUAUAAAGACUUUUGAUUUGCUAAUAUCGGGCAACUUAGUUUAUUGGGUUGAUUUGCCCACUUGUCUAUGAAUUUGGCGUUGUAGAUGCUUGUGUCCACGAAGGACGCAUCGGAUGUCAGGAUGGUUUUUUUGUGCAUGAAGGGCGCGUCGAAUGCUUUGGAUGCUUUUGUUCGUAAAGGAUGCAUCGUGUGUUGGAGAUGUUUAUAUCUUUAAAUGAUGCGUCAAAAGUAGGGAUGCUUUCAUUCACAAAGGACUCAUUAGACGCUUGAGAUAUUUUUGUUCGCGAAGGACGUAUUAUACGUUGGAGAUGCUUAUGUCCAAGAAUGACUCACAAUAACGUUGAGAUGCUUUUAUCUAUGAAGGGUGCAUCAAAUGCUUUGGAUGUUUUUAUUUAUGACAGAGAAGCUUAUGUUCGUGAAGGACACGCCGAAAGUCGAGAUGCUUUUGUCCACAAAAGAUACAUCAGACGCUUCGAGUGCUUUGGUCUGCGAAGGAUGCAUAAUGCAUCGUAGAUGCUUAUGUUCACGAAAGGCGCAUCAAAUGUCAAAAUUCUUUUGUUCGUAAAGGACACAUUAGAUACUUUGGAUGUUUUUCUUCGGAUGCAUCACAUGUUAGAGAUGCUUAUGUCCAUGAAAGAUGUAUUGGAUGUUGGAAUGCUUUGGGCCAUUCUGACUGUGUUGUGGAUUGAGGGUAGAGUGCCUUCACUAGA